AUGGCGGACCUGGCGAACGAAGGCUGGGCUCACCGGCCCGGCCCAUCACUCCCGGCGGCUCCAGCCUCCAGCGGCGUCCGGUCGGGGCAGCCGGGAGGCCGCCGGAGCCUCGCCGCCGGGCCGGGAGCCAAGGGGGGCGGGGGGGUGUCGGCCUCGGAUGUAAAUAGACAAUCGGGCCUGGUGCUGGGCCGCGCGCCGCGCUCCCCCUGCCGCCCGCCCGGCGGGGACCCCGGAGACCUCCCGGAGACCCCCCGGCGACCCCCGGCCGCGGGCCCCGUGAGCUCCUCCCCCGCCGAGGGCCGAGGCGGCCGCGGGGUGCCCGCUCCCCUUCGUGACAAGCCGACAGCCGAGCCCCGCUGCGCCCCGUUUACGGGGAACCCCUGCAGGAUCCGGGCCGCUGGAACAGGCCAUGUGACUGCCCUUCCCCGGAGAGCGCUGACAUCCCGUGUGAGCGUCUCUUCGGGGUCCCCACCCCCCGAAAAUCCCCCCAAAAUCAGCCUCACCGGCGGGGUUACAGGGAGGCCCCCCACCUGUGCGGCCCCGAGUCCCCCCGUCUGCAUCGCCUCCCGGCCAUUAGGGGGGUCCCAGAGGUGUCCACACUGGGAAAAGCCUGCCAUUGCUCCGCCCGUCUUUGUGUUUCAGAAGGAUAAAGGACAAAAGUCCUCUGCAGAGCAAAAAGAUUUGUCGGAUUCGGGAGAGGAGCCUCGGGGGGAGGAUGAGGCCCCCCACCAUGGCAUGGGUCACCCUGAGUCAGCGGGUGAGUGUGCCCUAGAACCUCCCGCCCCUGCUAGUGCUCCAGCCAGCGCUCCUCUGCAGCCCGCUCCUGAAGCCCAGCUUCUUCCUUUCCCACGAGGACUGGCAGGGAGGCCAGCUGGCGGCUCCAGUCCAGAAGGGGGAGAAGAUUCCGACCGAGAAGAUGGAAAUUACUGCCCUCCUGUCAAGCGAGAAAGAACAUCAUCUUUAACCCAGUUCCCACCCUCACAAUCAGAGGAGAAGAGUAGUGGGUUCCGGUUGAAGCCACCGACGCUUAUCCACGGCCAGGCGCCCAGUGCAGGUCUGCCGAGCCAGAAGCCCAAGGAGCAGCAGCGCAGUGUUCUUCGCCCUGCAGUGCUCCAGGCCCCCCAGCCCAAGGCACCAUCCCAGACAGUUCCUAGCAGUGGCACCAAUGGGCUCAGCAUCCCGGCAGACUGCACAGGACCCGUGAGCUCAUCUCCCGACACGCCUGCACGGAGGAGUCCCUCAGAAGACACUGAGGGGGCUCGAGCACUUGAGGAGAAAGAGCCCCAGAAAAAUGAGUCCAGCAGCACUUCGGAGGAGGAAAGCUGUGAGAAGAAGGACACCGCCCAGCAGGCGUUUGUCUUUGGGCAGAACCUGAGGGACAGGGUCAAGUUAAUAAAUGAGACCACAGACGCGGCCGAUGUGGAGAACACUGGGCUCCCCACCUCGGAAACACCAACUGCAACGAACUACUUCCUGCAGUACAUCAGCUCCAGUUUAGAGAACUCGACCAACAGUGCCGAUGCCUCCAGCAACAAAUUCGUGUUUGGCCAGAACAUGAGUGCUCGAGUUUUGAGCCCGCCAAAGUCAAAUGAGGUCAGCACGGAUGCCAACAGGGAGAGCGCAGCUGCUGAAUCCGGAUCUGAUUCCUCUUCCCAGGAGGCCACUCCUGAGAAAGAGUCCCUGGCCGAGUCGGCAGCCGCCUACACCAAGGCCACAGCACGGAAGUGUUUAUUGGAAAAGGUGGAAGUCAUCACCGGGGAGGAGGCAGAGAGCAACGUGUUACAGAUCCAGUGUAAGCUGUUUGUGUUCGACAAGGCCUCACAGUCAUGGGUGGAGAGAGGCCGGGGCCUACUCAGACUUAACGACAUGGCGUCUGCAGACGAUGGCACGUUACAGUCCCGACUAGUGAUGCGGACCCAGGGGAGCCUGCGGCUGAUCCUCAACACCAAACUCUGGGCACAGAUGCAGAUUGACAAGGCCAGCGAGAAGAGCGUGCGCGUCACGGCCACAGACACCGAGGACCAGGGCGUGAAGGUCUUCCUCAUCUCGGCCAGCUCCAAGGACACAGGCCAGCUGUAUGCAGCCCUGCACCACCGCAUCCUGGCCCUGCGCAGCCGUGUGGAGCAGGAGCAGGAGGCCAAGACGCCAGCCCCCGAGCCAGGUGUACCCCCGUCCAACGAAGAGGAUGACAGUGAUGACGACGUCCUGGCGCCCUCAGGGGCCACAGGAGCCGGUGCUGGUGAUGAAGGGGACGGUCCAGCAGCCGGGAGCACAUAG